AUGGGUUCUUUGGGUCAACUUGACUCUGAUUUUUGCUUCCCUCCUGAGCAGGGUGAGCUUGACCGUUAUGAAUCGUCUUUGAGCUCUUCUGAGUUUGGUGACAGUGACGAAGAGGAAUUGGAUUUGAACCUCUACUUUAAACGUUCUCCUGCCGUUAUUCGUGCUUUGGAGAAGUACGAUCAGUUCAUGGCUGAGAACCCCAAUCACAAGUUCUCCCACCGCCCCGCCAGACUCUCUGCCUUUGAUUAUCACCAAGAUUUUAUUCCUUCUCAUUGCCCCGUUGAUUCUGACGUUACUGUUGAAUCAAUUGAGACUUUGGAUGUUUCUGAGGAUUGCGAUGAUUUUAAUUUGGAGAAUAAACCCAUUGACUUUGAGGAAGAUGGUGAUGAUACCGCCUCAAUCUACUCGGAUGACUUUGAGUCCGACGAAGAUGAGUGUCCUCACUGGCCGGUUUACAGUGCUUCGGAUUACAUUCAUUUGAUUAAUCCUGACGGUGACUCCGAGUCCGACGAAGCUGAUUGUCCCCACUGGCCAGUUUACAGUGCUUCGGACUACAUUGAUUUGAUUAAUCCAGAUGGAGAAAACCCAUACGAGAUCUCAACCGAGUUAUUGGAUACUCCUGAGGCUGUCAUUGAGUCUUCAGUCGUCGAGCCAACCACUUCUGGCGAUGACACUUUGGUGGAUUCCACCGACGAUGAACUUGCUGCUCCUUCUUUUGAGACUACUUCAUCCGGCAUCUCUGUUCUUGAGAAGCUUGCCAAAUUUGAGCGAUCUUAUCGCGAUAUUGUUGCGAGAAUCCCUUAUCCCGCAAACCAAGCCUUUGCCAGAACAGAUUCUGCUGUUGACAAUCUUGUUUCCAAAGUCACUUCCAUUGAGAAGACCUGUCAGGCACUUGAUGCUGAGGAACCCCAUGCUGAGUCUCUGGUCGAGGCAGGAAAACCAUUGUCAUGGCCUGAGGACGACACCUCUUAUUUUGUUCCUGACAUCAUUGAAAAUUUGGACAUCCCUAUUAUCGACGUAACUGAUGACAAGGGGUCAUUUUUGAAACAGAAGCUGAAAUCCAAAGUCAGCUCUUUUAAAAGAAAGUUUGCGAUUCAUAAGCGGGCUCCUAUUUCCAAGUCUGCUCUUAUGUUCAAGGGAAUCCAAACAGCAAUUUAUGCUAAUCCUCGAUUGAUUGAUCCCGAGGUCACCCUCCCCUAUGUGAUGAUGGGACUUAAGAAAUACCGCCUUGGCGACGGAUCUAUUAUUGAAGUUCAUUCACCAUUGGUUUACGACAACAUUCGUACACUUUGUGGAAUCUCACAUCGAGAUCUUUUGAGUUCCUUUAUGGAUUCUGAUCUGGUCAACUCCCAUUCGGAUGGAGGCAACUUGGUCACUCCUGAUGCCAAGUACAUUAUUAAGACCAUUCAAUGCAAGGAGCAUAAACUCAUGGGUAGUUACGAGUUCUUGGACGAGUAUUAUUAUCGUGUCAAGGAGAAUCCCACCACUCAGCUCCCAUUCUACCUUGGUCAUUACACCAUUCACAUUGAUGGCAAGGAGACUCAUUUUGUUAUCAUGAAGAAUAUGGCUCAUAUGAAUCCCAAUGGUUCUAUCUCUGUGGAGAGAGACGAGCAAGAUGAGUUCAUGAGUCAGCUUAGAAAAGAUGUCGACCUGUUGAAGAAGCAUGGCAUUACCAAUUAUUCAUUGAUGGUUGGACUUGAGUGUGACCCUCAUACUGGUGAACAACGACCUGUUACGGGUAUGAUUGAUACCCUUUGCCCGUUUAGUCGGCGCAAGAGAGUGGAGAGUAAUAUCAGACGACUAUUAUCUGAUAACUCCACUAUGGAAGUUGUUCCCCCUCACCAGUAUGGAAUGAAGUUCCUUAAUUUCAUUCAAUCUGCCAUGGUCUCUGGACCUGGCGGGUCAGUGGUCACACGUUGUUAA